UUGUUUUCAUGGUCUAAUUUCAAUCUGUUUAUUUGAUAAGAAUUGUAUUUUCCUGAAAGAAAUUUGAGAAUUAGCUUAAAUAGCUUGGUAAAAUGUUAAAGCAACAUGUACUUGUGGAAUUGAAACAAUUCGUUCAAUCGGUUACAAAUCAUCAUGGUAAUCCAAAGAAACUUACAAAUAGCUCGCUCCUCCGCAGCAGUUUUCACCUACUUGAAGAUCUGCCGGCUGCACGCGAGAUAAUUUUUGAGUAUUUCGCACUGAUUGCUGAAGUAGCCGUUCAGAACUAUGUGGCAAAUGUGAAUGUUGAUUUUUCUACUGGUCUACCCUUAAGACAAGGUAAACAAGGCGCCGGUCCAAGUUCAAGUAGCAAUGUGCCCACACAGCCGACCGUAAUAGAAGAUAGUAAUUGGACAGCCGUGCAAGAGGCAUUAGAGAAUUUGGUCGUCAAAGGACCAUCUGCUUGGGGACCCAUAAUCGCCUCAUGGAGUCUAGACUUGGUAGGAAAGUUAUCAGAUAAAUAUACCAAACGAAAGAUGUCUAUUGUAGCAGCAUGCAAUUACUGGCUGAACUGCGGCGCUAUGCGAGGUUUGCUUACAUUGAUCAGCUUAAGUUUCCGAAAGCUUACGAACGCUGAAAAAGAGGCUUGUGUUGAAACAUUAUUGGGUGCUUUUCAGCGAUAUGCACUCAGUUUUGACUGGGUUGUAGCUCGUUUGGGGGGCUGCUUUCCAUUGAGCAUUAUAUCUCAAAUAUUACAAUGCAGCCUUAAACGUUUUGCUGAUGAUUACCGCUGCCGUUUCGACUCUGAGUUGGGUAUUUUAGACUACUUGUCUUUUGCACAUGAGCAGGAGCUUAAGCAGGCAUUGACGGAUUUGCUAAAAGAUGGAUUUAAUCCAAAGAAAACUUUAGAUGCAUGUAUAAUACCGUUCUUACUGGUAAUGGCUACAUUUGCGGAUGCAUUGCUACAAAACUUGGUAGUUGUUUUUCUCGAAAUGUAUAAUGACGAUUUACGACAAACUAUUAUACAGAAAACUCCUCUGUGGAUGAGUAACAAAAUAUUCGCUGAAAUGCAACCAUCUCUUAAUAGUUUAGCUUUGCGUUUAAAGUCGAAUGGUGCGCAGCUGUUGAUCGCUGUAUCACAAAUGGCCGACCAAUAUAACUGGUGUCAAGACUUUUUGGAAUACACCUUACAGGAUUUGGAACAAGUGGUGCUAAAUGCCACUGUGUGUCCGCUAAUGAAUGAUUUAGCUACCGAAGAUUCAAAAUAUUUACUUUGGAAGAACUGUUUAAGCGCCAAUAUCUACCAACAGCAAACUGCAGUGCGGCUGCUAUUAAUUGUUUCCACGCAGCAUUCACACAUUUAUCAUCAGACAAUAUCAGAGCUGUUAAGAAAAUCCUAUACAGCUAAUCCCAACGGCUUUGGCGCUGUGAUACGUAUAAUUGGUGGGCAAAGUGGUGUUGUUGAAUUUCCGUGCAUUAAGCCUGGUUUACAAAUGGUUUUAGAAGAUGUGCUGCUGCAAGAGCAAUUCAAACAUACUCGCCUGAUAAAUGGUGAUCAAUCAGAUGCGCUCAACACCUUCAAAAAUCUAAAUAUGCUAACCAAAAUGCAAAAAAAGAAUUCCUUUCAAUAUAUGAAGCAAAGUCUCCUAACUAAUGUACUGAAUGAUUGUCUGCCUAAAAUUUUGCAAAUACUCGAAGUGACACUGACCAAAGUUGUACUUCGUAUGAAUAAAUUAGCAGAAGAGAAUGGUGAGGAAGUUUUCAAAGCUACGCAAAAUAACAAUAAUAAUAAUGAGGCAAAUGGUGAGAGGAAAAAGCUUAAAUUCGGUGAGACUGAUGCCGAAACUGAAGCUAAAGCAAUGGAUGUGGAUGCUCAAGAAGAUGAAAAGCUUAUUAUAGGCGUACCUCUAACUGAUUCCGAUGAAAGCGAGGAAGAGGAAAAAGAUGCCAAAAGACGAAUUCUAGCACACACUAUUAUAGAUCUGCUCAAUACCAUUGAGGCUGGCUUGAAAGGCAGCGUUAUGCGCACAACAGAGGUAUUGAAGCUAUCAAUUUUAAGUAUAAAGUAUUUCUUUUUGGCGUUAACAGAAAAAAGUCCAAUCACCCGUUCGGCGGCUGUUAAUCGCGCCUAUUUAUUGCUCGCGCGUCAAUGUUCCGCACGAAAAGCCGCACGCACAGCUUGCAUACGUGAGUUGGUGGAGGGUGCACUCUUCUACUAUGGUUACCUAUUCGGACAAUACGAGGAGCCAGAGGUGGAUCAACUCGAGAUACCAGAACACGAAAUGGUUUUGCUACAAAAUCAACGACAUACCUUAGGGCCAAAUGCCAAUCGCACGGUUUUACAUGCAGGCGUUAUAGGACGUGGUUUGCGUCCUGGUUUGGCGUCAAAUGCACAAAAAGAGUACCCAGCUGAAAUGCAAACGCUGUUACUCAAAGCAUUGGAUGCUUGUUGUACUGUGGCCGAUAAGCAAAACUCCGUUGAGGGAUACUCAAUGAUAUCGCUCUUACUCGUCGAGAUGGUCUCCACCGACGUUAUGUACAAUGGCCUGCCAUUUCCGGAUGAAGAGUUCACCAAAGUGACAAUGGAACGUGAUUUAAUGAUACGUCGCGCCUUCAGCACAUCGCCAGUGCUUUGGGCAUUGCUCGGCUUUAUAGCUGCACAUCGACCGGCGCUAUGCUUUUCAUCGGUACUUUUGCGUGCUAUGUGUGCCACUUGUUUGCAUCAAUGGCGUGCUAAAAAUGUAAACAAAUUUCAACCUUUUGAUCCCAACGACGAGCUAAUGGUGUGUACGCAGAAGUUGUUGCAAUUAUUGGCGAUGGGACAGUUGUUGCCGCCACCUUUGUCAAAUCUUCACGUGAUCAUCAAACAUUUUGAGCCACCAGAAAUUGCCUUAUUGCUGAAGGAAUGCAUUUGGAAUUAUCUAAAAGAUCAUGUACCCUCGCCGGCGUUAUUUCAUCUCGAUAGCAAUGAGCUGCAUUGGCGUAAUCCAAAUAUGUCUAAAAUUCCACCACAAUAUGUAGACACGUUACGUAAUUUAAUGCAAAAGAAACUAACCAAAUUGGGUCAGCAUUAUUAUCAAAUGUUCAUCAUGCCCGAGUUGAAUGAUCCGAAUCCCGUGCAAGUGUGUUUAGUAGAUUCAGUAGCAAAUAAACGCGACCUAUGAAUUGCUAUUAUUAGGAAUGUAAGAUUUUUUUAAAUGUAUCAAGAAGUGAAGUAACAAAAACUUUGAUUUUCAUUUACAACAAACUGUUUAUAUUUUUUUCAAGUGUUAAAAAUAUGGAAAAUAUUUUUUGUUUUAUUCUGUAUAGAUAUAUUUUUGGUUUAAUUAAACCAACCACAUAAUUCAUAACAAAUAAGAUUUCAUUUUUUUUAAUUAAAAAAAAAAGGUAAAAAC